AGACUGCAGCAGCAGCAGCAGUCCUUUUAGGUUUAGGAAUGAUGAGGCCUAAUAAGCCUGCGUGCCAGGUGAUUGACGAGAUCUUAACUGCCUCUGUUCAGAAUCCAGCUCCUGUAGUUGCACCGCCAGCACCAGAACCAGAACCAACUACUACUGUUCCUACUACAGCACCUGCUACUCGAGCCAUAGAUCCUGUACUUCAACCUGACUUGAGUUCGAUCAGUUUCAAAAAGAUGUCAAAACAACGUUUAGUAGCACAAGAUGAACACAAAGUUUCUAAACCGAUCAAAAGUCAUGUACCACAUCGUUCACCACCACCACCACCAUCUAUUGUAGCUAUUCGAAGAAUGUCACCUGGAGGAAGAAAGAGAAGAAUUCCUUGAUCAUAUUUCAAAAUCCCACCAAACAAAGAUAGGGUUUGUUUUGUUUUGUUAAACAAAUCUACAAAUAUAACUUACAAAGUGUUUACAAUAAAGGCAAUUCAUGUUUUUAUCUUUCGUUAUUGUUGAUGUGUGAUUAAGUAAUCCUAAAAAAGUUUUUUUUUCUAUCAUACGUUUUGGUUUUUUCUUUUGCUUUUUCUUCGUAUAUUCUUGAACAUUUUUUUUUGGAAUCAAAUCAAAUCAAAACAACAACAAUAAAAUGAUUUCAUAUAAUUUUAUUCUUGGUAUUUGUGUGCUUGAAUGGUUUAUAACUAUAUCCAAAAGAAAUGAUGAAAAGCUUGAUAGAUUUUAGGAUGGUUU